AUGAAAGGGAAAGAUAAAGCGAAGAACAUGCUGAUCGAAAUCUUGAACACGUUUUCGGGCAGCAUCUCGCUUGAUCAAAAUGAUAAGGAAUUUAGUGAAUAUUAUCAGAGUUGGAACAUGCCACUUCUAAAACGCAGCGAAUUAACAAUAAUAAUAGAAAAUGUGAAGAAGUUUGGCAAGAAAACAGAGUUGAAAGCACUUCUUUCAUCUUAUUUUACAUUCGAACCCGAAAUACUUAAAAUUUUUGUGGAAAAAUAUUCUACAGACAUCAAAGGUUUAAACAAAUGCUCAUAUAUUGUGAUUGCAAAUGCAUUAGGAUACAUAUCUCAUAAUAUAGAUAUCCAAUAUCUCGAUCUAGUUUUGAAUUCGUUAUAUUUUUUCUUUAAUCAUAUGACAUUAAGUCCAAAAAUGCAAUACCUUUAUUUUCUAAUUGUCGAUUACGUUACAUCCAAGCAAAAUAUUUUGAUCCCUCAGUCAGCUUUGUCUCAAAUUAUUGAAGCCAUCACUUUACAUAUCGAUUCAAGCAAAAUGGUGUUCAAUUCGGCUUGUAAUUUGCUUGAAGUCUUAUACAUCCUCAAUGAUUGCUUAAAUGCAGUGAUUAUUCUUAAAAUUAUAAAUAAUUGUAUAAGAAUUUCACUAGAAAACAACACGUAUCAUGAGAAUGACGUGCUUAUUAGAACAAUAUCAUUCAGAUUACAGUACUUUGAAUCUCCUGUUUUGGAGUGUGUCCAACUUUUGGGACAAACAAAAGUAAAUGAUGCGAAAAAAGGCUUAUUUGCGAUGCUUGGCAACUAUUUCUAUAGCUUAUCAAAUAAAUUUUCUAGUAACAUUAUAUAUCCUAUCGAAAAAGACUCGAAAUACGCUUAUUAUUCAGAAAAUCCAAAAUAUGAUAACAUUGAGUUUCAUCAUUCAGUAGUUACCGGUUCGAUGUUUAAUGUUAGCAUACCAGGCGUUAAUUCUUCACUAUCAGAAGAGGACCUUAUCGAUAACCAAUUUUUUGAUACGAUCAAAAUCAUCGGAAAAAUUUUACAAAAAUGCGGUGCUGCGUUUACAGCUUCAUUCUUUAUUUCUACAUCCAACUUUAUCACCGACGAAAACUGUAAUUUAAUGGUUUAUUUGGCGUAUCUUUAUUUAUUAAAACGAACUACUCAUACGAAGAACAUUCCAGAGAAGGUUUUCUACACAGUUAUGAACAAGGUUAUUUUUAAUCCAUACAUCACGAUGUUUGACAAAAUCGAAAAUUUCGAACAUUUGGCAUUUAUCAGACAAACAGCGAUAGAAACAAUAUUCCUUAAGAUGCCACAAUAUCUUCCAAGAUCAUUAGUAAUUUUACGCGAUUUCCCAUACCUUUUCGCUGAAGUUUGUUUGAGAAUUCAGACAUUACAACUCCAAGGCGUCACUUUUGAGGAUGACUCCUUCCAAGCACUGUCAGCUGUCGAACAGAAGCUCAGAUCAAUAUAUUCUCUCGAUCCAGAUAACGCAGAAAAGACAAUUCAAGCGAGAGAUUCAUUAUUCGUAUUUAUCUUCGAGAUUUUGAAUAAUCCUCAAGUGACAACCACAUGCUUUUCAUCUCCUUCAUUUGCUUCAGCGUUUUUGACUGCUUUUUUCGAAGAAUCUUUUUCAGAUAUUAUUUUUGGAAAAUUAACACAAGUUUUCAGAACAGUUAACAGCGCAAUCUCACAAACAGUAGGUUUCGUAACAGGAGCUUGA